GGCGCAGGUGUGUCCCUGUGUGGCGCAGGUGUGGCCGUGUGACGCAGGUGUGGACCUGUGGAGCAGGUGUGGCCCUGUGUGGCGCAGGUGUGUCCCUGUGUGGCGCAGGUGUGUCCCUGUGUGGCGCAGGUGUGUCCCUGUGUGGCGCAGGUGUGGCCGUGUGGACCUGUGUGGAGCAGGUGUGGCCCUGUGUAGCGCAGGUGUUGCCCUGUGUAGCGCAGGUGUGGACGUGUGUGGCCCUGUGUGACGCAGGUGUGGACGUGUGUGGCCCUGUGUGGCGGAGGACUCAAUCAGUAGUGAAGGAGGAAUAUGACACCCGUAAUUAACUACUCCAUCAAGCAGUUACAUCACGACUUCCCUUAUCUUGGUGGGGCUCUCAUUAUGUUCAUAUAUCUGAUAAGCGGAGCUUAAUUUUCACUCCCCAGCCUGGUACUUUUGUAAUACUGUGUCAGUCCCGAGUGCCACUACCUUCACUUCGCUACAACAGUACUAGCAUCUGCUCUGCUCCUCUCACAACAUCAGCUGCAACUUGGAGCGAGGCUCACCAGAGCGUCAUGCAGAAAAACACAUCAAUAGUUAAUAAUUCAAGUGAAAAACUAAUAGGAGAAAGUGGCUUUUUGAAUGAUCAAGAUCAUUUGUCAAAGAUUAUGAAGAAAGCUUUCCAUCUAGUGGUGAAGACAGGCGAUCAGGAAGGUGCAGGAACAGACGCAAAUGUUUACGUUGUCUUGGAGGACGAGAACGGUUUGGUCACCCCGAAAGUGAAACUGGACAAGAUUCUCUACAACGACUUGGAGCGUUCUAAAAGAGACACCUACAACAUUGACUGCCCUACCGACUUCAGCAAAGUGAAGUACCUGAGACUAUCCCGAGACACCAAGGGCAUCGCCGACGACUGGUUCUGUGACUACAUCCACGUCGAGGACCGUCGGAAACCCAAGAAGAAAACAUCCAAAGACCACACAAAGAAGUCGACCAAAAAUUUUCUAGGCUCCACGUACCUUAAAGAGAAUUCAGCUCAAGAAAAGAGUGUGUACUUCUUCCCCAUACACCGCUGGAUUGCCCCCACGCACGACUACCUCUUCCACGAGUAUGCAGUGUGUCUUCCCCAGCACGACCCGUGCCUGGACCCCAGAAAGGCGGACCUGGAGUGGAAACGCAGCACCUACAACUACAUUGUACAUGCAGAAGGCAUGGUCGCUCAGAUUGAAAACUUGCCGAGUGAUGAAAAAUUCUCAGACGAAUAUUAUUGGACGUUUGCCACUGAGAAAAUGAACCUCCUAGCGAGGACCAAGCUUAUUGAGUGGACAACGAACAAGUGGAGCACCCUGGACGACCUGAAGAAAGUGUUCAAGCAGAGUCUAGGAGAACCAGAGUGCAUUGAUGUUUGGAAGGAGGACUGGUGGUUUGGGCUUCAGAGGCUGCAAGGUGUCAAUCCCAAUGUUAUUUCCUUGUGCAAAGAAAUCCCUGAAAAUUUUGAUGUAACGGAGGACACUGUGAGAGGACUGCUUGGAGAUAUGUCUCUGGCUGAAGCUCUUGAGAAAAACAAGAUUUUUAUCUGUGACCUAAAAAUAGUUGAUGAUUUGAAAUGCAAGGAUGAUCGUGAACUGGCCUCUCCCCUGGCUCUCUUCUACCUCAACACAGACGAUAAGAUUCUGCCCAUUGCUAUACAACUUAAACAAGCAAGAGGACAUGAUAAUCCAGUAUAUACACCAAAUGACCCACCAAACACAUGGUUGGUUGCCAAGAUGUUCUACAACAACGCAGAAGCCCAGCACCAUCAAGCUCUCACUCACUUGGGCUUCACACAUCUUCUGAUGGAAGGAGUGGUCAUCUGCACACAUCGAAACCUCUCUCCAUCUCAUCCACUCUUCAAACUAAUGGCCCCCCAUUUCCUGUUUCUGCUCGCCAUCAACACGAGAGGAUUAGAGAAGCUUGUAUCUCCUGGCGGAUGGGUAGAUGUCUGCAUGACCCAAGGUGUGAAAGGAAUCUUUGAACUCAUGAAGAGAGGAUUUGACCGCUGGAGAUUUGACAGGGAAGGACAGAUCGAGAAAGAAUUGGAAGCUCGAGGAGUCCUGGACACUGACAUCCUUCCUUACUAUCCAUACAGGGAUGAUGGUGUUCCUCUGUACAAUGCCAUCAAGAAAUAUGUUACUACUGUUGUCACUCAUCAUUAUGACACCGCCGACAAGCUGUCACAAGACUGGGAGCUCAAGUGGUGGCGAGAUGAACUGGUGAAACCAAGAGACAGUAAUGGUGUUGGAUUAAAGAACGUCCCAGGAAAUUCUGAUGGUUUUACCUGUGUUGAGGAAGUGAUUGACGUGGUGACGGUGAUCAUUGCUACCUGUUCCCUGGGUCAUUCAGCUGCCAAUUUCCAGCAGUAUGAGCAGUAUGCAUUUGUUCCUAACUACCCAGGAAUUCUAAUGGCAGAUGUACCUAAAGAGAAGGUAAACUACACAGAGCAAGAAAUUAUGAAUUUGCUGCCAAACAAGAGGAUGACCUUAGAUAUUAUGGUCAUCACAAAGUUACUCUCCAGCAGAGGCACGAACAGCCUGGGAGACUUUGAAAUGCAGUAUCUGUAUGACCCAGUGGGAGUACAAGCAGCAGAAGAAUUCCAGAAGGACUUGAAGCGGCUGAGUUUAGAUAUGAAGAAACGGAACAUUGACCGUGAUUGGAAGUUUGAAUGGCUGGACCCUGAAAUUGUUCCCAAUUCCAUCAGUGUGUAGCAGAUUACACCCACUCUUGCCAGCUCCAUCAGUGUGUAGUGGAUUCCAAGGACUACUGGAAUACUGUGGUGCAGAAACUAAUCACAGAACUCUGAUAAUUACCAAUUAGAUGAAUGAAAGUAAACUUGUGAAAUUGAGUUCUAGUGUAAUUUCAGAUGAAUAAUGUUUGAUGAAAUAAUGCAUUAAAAAAAUGUGUGACAUCUAUUGAAAAACUUGACACAGUACUUCCAUUAGAUUUAACCCUUUGACUCUCGAGACCCCUGCUCACAAACUUGCCCUCAAUGUCGAAGAAUUUAAAAAAAAAAAUAUUUUUUCUUAUGAAAUGACAGAGAAUCUUUUCCCGAUGGUAAUGACACCAAAAGUAUGAAAUUUGAUUGAAAACUUAUGGAAUUAUGCUCUCGCAAAGUUAGCGAUUUCGGCAAUAUUUACGCAUCAGCAAUUUUGCCCACUUUGAGCCCUAUUUUUGGCCAAUUCCAUUGUUCCAGUCAACCAAACUCAUAGCUAUUUCAUUAGAACUCCAUCUGUUCUGUCGAUUGAGUACAAGAAACUGCUCAUUUACCAAUUUCAACUACCCAAUAAAAUGGUCAGAAAUUGUCAAUUUUGCCAAUUUCACGCAAAUUAAAAAAGAAGCCAGUUUCAAGAAAGGAUCCAGAAUGAACAAUGCAGACAUUCCUGGCACUAAAAUAACAUUUUCUCUGUUCAUCAGUCACGUCUCCAAGCCCCUCUUAUAUUACUCUUGCUUUCUAUUUUGAAUUUUUAUUCACACAAAAAAUAGAAGAUUUACUGUUAUGCAGACUACUGCAUUAUUGUAAUCCAGUAGAACCUCAAAUAUCGAACUUUCUUCGGUCCAGAAGGCUGUUCGAGUGCCUUUACCAAAUGAAUUUAUUCCCAUCAGGAAUAAUGUAAAUUAGAUUAGUCCAUUUCAGACCCUCAAAAAUACACUUACAAAAUUGGUUGUGUUGGGAGCAGUUCAAUUUUUGAGGUUCCACUGUAACUGUAUAAAUAAUGUCAUCCCAUUCGUGACUGCAUAUUAGAAUGGCUAGUGGACACUUAUUGGACAAUGACAUUAUUUGUUUACUCUUGAACAUCGGCACAAAUCAAACAUUUCCGCUGCUCAAUUUCAAGGUCCUUUUCAUUGUGAAACCAAUCAAAAUCAUCUCUAUUUCUGUAAUAUGUCUUCCAGUCUAUCAAAUGAAACCAAGAAAACGAAUAUAUAAUAUAUAGACUGGAGUGAGUGGAGGCAAAUGGCAAAUGGUUUUUGGGACCUGACAAGCUAUUGGGGUGUGAGCAAGGUAACAUUUUCUGAAGGGAUUCAGGUGAAACUGGUUAGCCAGACUUGAGUACUGCAGGUGGGAAUUACAGUGCCUGCACUAUAAAGGAGGAGUGGGGAUAUUUGCUGUUUUGGAAAGGCAUCUGAAUUGUCAUAUCUAUGCCCCUCUGGCAAGACAGUGAGAGAGUGAAUGAUGGUGAAAACGUUUCAUUUUUGGGGUCACCCUACCUCAGUGGGAGACAGCCAGUCCUGCAAAAGAGGUGGCUCUAUGUCGGUAAAAGCUGCUUGAUCCAUGAAAUUAGAGCUAUCUUCCACUUCCUUGGAUCUAACAUAAUUACCCCCCAUUCCACAAGUGCUGUUUGGCACUCCCAUGAAUAUAUUAACAAUCCAAAUACAGGUCUCCCUCAACAUUCGUGAGGGUUAGGGGAUCAAGAGCCUAGCGAAUGUUGAAAAACCGUGAAUGUUUGGUGCCCCAAUAUAUUGUAGAGAAAUAUAUUACAAUACUGCUUGCUUAACUUGUUGAACCAUGAAUAAUCAUAAAAUACAUGAAAACGUCAUAAAUUGUACUAAAUAUAUACAUGUUAUGCUUUAAUAACGUAUAUUAUUUAAUAACAUGUAUGUUAUUAAAUACCACAGACUCCACCAAUGCCUCCACCACUGCGAGUCCCUACCACCCUCCCUCCGACCCCCACAACUGGCAGCCA